CCUCUCAUGUCCCCAGAAUAUGCCCAAUUCAUCCCUCUGGGAGAUGCAUACUCCCCUCGUCUGCGACACCUUGCCUUCCUUGCCUCUCACUCUCUUAAGUUUGACUCCUCUGCACUGGCUGAAGGAACGUAUGCCUGGGUGGCAGGUCUCGUGUAUGAAACCCCUGCUGAGGGUCGUUUCCUAUGCAAUGCAGGUGCACACAUAGUCGGCAUGAGCACCAUACCCAAAGUCAUGGCUGCACAAGAAGAGAAUCUCGAGGUCAUGGUGCUGAGCCUCGUUACUAACCAGGUGGUGAUC